UCUCUCUCUCUCUGUCAAUGCGUGGACUUCAUCCUAGGUAGUUCACCAUUAAACCAGCGUUCCCGUUUAUCCGUCUCUCUCUCUCUCAGACACUGCGUUCACUUCCUUACUUUCACCCCUCCCUCCCUCUCUCACUCUCCCUCUCUCUCCUCCACUACAUCUUCAAUCUCUCAGCAGCAGCAGUUUGUGUCCUGAGAGAACUGGCACCAAACUGACGCAUCCAUGGGGCGCGCGCAGCAUCUUUAUUUCAGCACAUUACAAUUUGAAGUCAUAUAGGGGGAAUAUUCGCGUCAACGCAACAAACACACUUCAGUCGUUUCAUCUCCAAGCUUUAAACUCUCAGUCGCGCCGCAUCUGUCUGUAUUUUGUCUCAUUUGUAGCCGUGUCGAGCUGUGGUGAUGGAUGGGGAUGCGUGUGUUCGCGUGUGGACUCGACCGCUGCAAGUGAUGCUCCAGCAAAAGAAGAUCAAAGCGCGGAGGAAAAAGCGUAAGGAGUUGUUCGGGGGACAGAUGUGCUUCAUGGGGCUGCUGCUGCUGGCAGUGUCGGGCUUGUCCAGUUUGGCCGAGAAUUCCGGUUAUGGCAUCCCCAGUCUCUCAGCUGAAGACAGUAAGAAGUGGGAGAGUCGCAGGCUGCUGCAGGACUUCGACAUUGACAGCAACUACACUGAUGAAGUGCAGCUUGGGCCCAAUGCUGAUAAAAACUGCACACCGCCUGGUAUUCACGAGUUCCCUGAUGAUAUCUUCACCCAACAGGAGCGAUUGGAGGGGGCUGUAGCUUUGCACGUACUGUGUGCCAUGUAUAUGUUUUACGCACUGGCACUGGUGUGUGAUGACUACUUCGUGCCCUCUCUGGAGAAGAUCUGUGAGCGCUUACACCUGAGUGAGGACGUAGCAGGAGCCACAUUCAUGGCAGCAGGAAGUUCAGCUCCAGAGCUCUUCACUUCAGUCAUAGGUGUAUUUAUCACCAAAGGAGAUGUGGGAGUGGGAACAAUCGUGGGAUCUGCUGUCUUCAAUAUCCUCUGCAUCAUCGGAGUGUGUGGGAUCUUUACUGCGCAGGCGGUCAGGCUCUCUUGUUGGACGUUAAUGAGAGACUCUACGUACUACACUAUCGCAGUGGCCACUCUGAUCGUGUUCAUCUAUGAUGAGAAGGUGACAUGGUGGGAAUCGCUCAUCCUAAUAGUGCUGUACCUGGUUUACAUUUUAAUAAUGAAAUUUAACUCACGGGUGGUUCAUUUCAUCGAACGGCGGAAAAAGAACCCUGCAAAUCUGGGUAACGGCACAGCCAGUAACACAGACAUCGAUGACGGCUGCGACGCCACAGUGGUGCUGCUUAAGAAAGCAAAUUUCCAUAGGAAGCCAUCAGUGCUGAUGGUGGACGAGCUCUUGUCUGCAUAUCCUCAUCAGCUGACCUUCUCUGAGGCAGGAAUGAGGAUUAUGAUAACCAGCCAUUUCUCUCCUCGCACGCGCCUCACCAUGGCCUCCAGAAUGCUCAUUACAGAGAGGCAGCGGCUGAUAAAUAGUCGUUUUAGUAAUGGUGACUCUGAGGUGACUGUAAAGAUGCCAGGAAAGCGCGGGGUGGAGAAUGGACUGGCAGGACCGGACCGAGGCCUAAAUGGGCGGAAGGGAGGUCACCACGAUGAUGACAGAGGUGGAGCUGAAGCUGGCACUGACACAGAAAAUGAGAACGAAGACAAUGAAAACAACGAGAAUGAUGAGGAGGAAGAGGAGGAGGACGAAAAUGAAGGACCAUAUGUACCAUUCCGCUGCCCAGGUGGAGGCAUAAAUAAGCUAAAGUGGCUGCUGGCCUGGCCACUCAGUAUGCUGCUGUUCUUCACCGUGCCCAACUCUGCCAACCCACGCUGGGAACGCUGGUAUAUGGUCUCCUUCAUCAGCUCCACCAUCUGGAUCGCUUUCUUCUCUUACAUCAUGGUGUGGAUGGUUACAGUGAUUGGUUACACUAUGGGCAUCCCAGAUGUCAUUAUGGGCAUCACCUUCUUGGCCGCUGGCACCAGUGUUCCUGACUGUUUGGCCAGUCUAAUUGUGGCACGGCAAGGAAUGGGUGACAUGGCCAUUUCCAACUCCAUUGGCAGUAACGUAUUUGAUAUCCUGAUUGGGCUUGGUUUGCCUUGGGCCCUUCAGACACUGGCCAUUAACUAUGGCUCCACAAUUCACCUAAACAGCAAAGGUCUGAUUUUCUCAGUUGGGCUGCUGCUGGCAUCUGUGUUUUUGACGGUUCUCGGUGUACAUCUGAACAACUGGAAGCUGGACAAGCGCUUGGGUUUUGCUUGUUUGCUGAUGUACGCCGUCUUCCUGUGUUUCUCCAUCCUCAUCGAGUUCAACAUCUUCACUUUUGUCAAUCUUCCCACCUGCCGCGAGGAAUGAGCUCCUUUUUCCCCAGUCCUCCCUGUUUGACCUGCUGAGGACAAUAGCACAAGUCCUCGAUCAGACGCAGAAAGGCUCUCCUUCAGAAGGAAUAUUUAUUUAUUGAUCUAGCUGAUCCUCUGUUGAUCUUCUUUUUCUUUCCAAUGGGUGCAAUAUCGGUGGAGUCUGUGGUGUUAGAAGAGGAGUGAGAGGACGAAGGAGCGCUUAUGUGUGAGGAACGGUCCCGUUGACUGAUAUGUAGACUGCUCGGACGGGACAGGAACGUGAUAAAUGAUGACUACUGCCUGGCUUGAUGUGAAUACUUUUUUUAAAUCCAAAAUAUUUGACAUAUUACACGUUUAAAGAUUAAUGAUGUAAAUGUAUUUUAUGAUGGCAUUUGUUUUAUUAGCUGCUAAUUGAUUGAAAAUUAGGCUGGACUUGUUAUUAUUGUUUAGAUUUGUGAGGGUUUGUUUAUUUGCUGAAAGGUACUGGUGACCUCUAGAAAAUACUUCUGUUUUGUUUAGAUUUUUUUUUAUUUGGGCAUUAUCAGUCACUUUAUCAAUAGUCAAGAUAAUAAAACCAAAAGGUUUGAGAUCAGAUCAAAUAUCAGUUAACAAAUGACUUUAGGGGCGUUUACACAACACUGUUUCAAAAACGAAAACAUUUUAUGCAUUUUGGCCAUUCAUUAAACCUACAAAAUGGCGGAAAGCGUUCAUAGUAUGAUACUAUUAUUGUCACCAUGUAAACUAAGCAACAGAGUCAUGCGCGUUUAUAGUACUUGAUUAGUCUAUAGGCAUGUGCGAGUACUUGACUACAAAUACAACUGUGGCGCAGAUGUGUAGUGUUUUUGUUACAAAGUGACGUCGCCAUCUACUGGCCUGGCAUGCAUAAUGCAGCAUUUUUAGUUGAUCUGUGUAAACACGGAUCAUUUUGAUGUUGUUUGUACAUGAAACUUUUCAAAAAGUCAAACGAAAACGUUUCGUUGUGGUGUAAACAUACCCUUAGACAGACAGCGGGCAUUUGUUUGCACCUUUGUGGAAACAUGUUGAAACGCUGCUAGAAGCAUAUUUAUGUUUAGUGAGACAAUAUUCUCGUGUAAUAUAUGGGGUUUCUAUAGAUGUGUUUCUUUUGUCUCUAACGCUCUGUAUAUACUGAAACAGAGAAAGAUUUAUUUAUUAAUUUAUUGAUAACUAUUUAUGCACAUUACUUUCCUACGACGUACUGAAACGAAACCAACCCACAGCUGUCCCAAAGAAGAGACUGUUCUGGAGUUUCAGCCAGGCUAUGCCGUUUUUUUGUCCUUCAGAGCUUGUGUGUCAGCCUUUUCUACUGGAUUGCUUCUCCUUCACCUCUGAAUAUUAUGCACCCUUUUAGAUGCACCUUUGACUUGAUGCUUAAAAGCGUUUCUACUAUUUGAUAUGGGUGUGACGUGACAACAGAGGUUAUUGAAGAGACUUUUUCAACACUCCGACUUUGGCAGGCGAGUAGGGGAAAAAUAUAUGAAUAUAUAUACAUAUAUAUUUUAUACUUAAACGUUUUGAGAUUUAAGAUCGGCCCAUUCCCUAUUCAGAGCGAAUGGAGUGAGUGAGCCACAAACCUAAGAAGCUGAUUAGCAGGAAAGUGUCCUGGUAAAAUGAAGCUAACGUCUAUGUAACGUUCAUAAGACUGUUUUAAAGAUGUAAAUCAAUGAAAUUUGCUUUUUUUCUCUCUCUCUCUCUCUUAGCAUGCUGCUCUUAGAGUUUAAGAAAAGAGUUUUUCAAGAAAUCCUCUCAAAAAAAACUUUAAAAAAAAAAGGAUGCAGUUGAUAAUAUGGAUUUUUCUGAUGUGUCCGAGGCUCUUCUCUUGGCCUUCUUUCUGGAGGAUGAUUGGAAAUACUUUGUUUUGUUUGCCUCUGCUUCUGGGGAUCGUAAACAGACAUCGCCACAAUGCAUCACAGCUGUAAGCUUUUAUCCGUGGCACAACAUGUGGACUUUUUCCUCCAAGCAGAGGUUUUUAGUGAGCUGACAAAAGUAGCGAUUCUAACGGACUGUUUUAGUCUAGCUAGCAACUUCAUGCAGGUUUUGUAGUCUGAAGGCACAUUUGCAGGGAACAUUUGUGUUUUAUGCACUGAUACUGGGUGUCUAAUUGUUUGUCAUAUUUUAAAAAUAGAAUUUAGAAGACUUAGAAAACAUAUCUGGAAGAGUAUUGCGGCAAAGUAUUUUCUAUCACAAAAAGCAACUUUGUAUUUUGUAAAGCGAAAUGUUUAGAGUUGUUAUAAAAAAGUCUGUAGGGUGUGCUU